UGCCUCCAACUGUGAAGCUGAAGCUACAAGUGUACAACGUUCGAUCUACUUGUUUCUCAGGCAAAUAAAUUUGAAUGUAUGCUUUGCUUGGGACCGAGGUUACCAAACACUUUGUUUCCCAAUUUUGGCUCUUCCAAAUUCUUUGCUUGAAUCACUCACAUUCAUCAUAUUCCCCAAUUAGUUUUCGUAUAUUACACAAAUGGCAACAAAAUUAGAAAAGCAGCCAUUUAUAAAAACUGGUCUUAAAUUACUUGAAUUAAAGGUUCAAUGGCGGCAGAAGAAGAUUCAUUGGAGUAUACUCCCACUUGGAUAGUCGCAAUUGUCUGCUUCGUUAUCGUUCUCAUUUCUCUUCUUGCUGAACGAGGUCUUCAUCUUCUUGGCAAGUGCUUGAAGAGAAAGGACCAAGAGUCAUUAUAUGAGGCCUUGCAAAAAAUAAAAGCAGAGUUGAUGUUAUUGGGAUUCAUAUCUCUACUUCUUACAGUCUUCCAAGGAUUUAUCAGUGAUAUAUGCAUGCCCAAACAUCUUGCAUCCUUUAUGCUACCUUGCAAAAAGAAAAAUGAUAGUCAAGAGGGCAAUAAUCAUAACAAAUAUACUUAUCAACCUUUAUGGAGUAAAAGACGACUACUUGCUGAAGGUGUUCAUCAUUGUGAACAAAAGGGGAAGGCUCAGUUAGUAUCAUUGGAAGGGUUGCAUCAACUACACAUCUUUAUCUUUGUCUUGGCAGUUGUUUAUGUUAUCUUCUGUGCAGCAACCAUGAUUCUUGGAGGCUUAAAGGUAAGAAGAUGGAAGCACUGGGAGGAUGCACUACUACGUGAGAUUUCAAAAUCACAAACCGAAUCAAAUAGGAUGAUGCAAAUUCAUGCUCGACACCGCCGUGAAUUCUUUAAGAAACGAAGAGGAUAUUCAACUGUAUUAGGCGUUACGAUGUCAUUUUUCAAACAAUUUUAUGGCUCUGUCAGGAAGUCUGACUACAUUGCCUUGCGACAUGGAUUCAUAAUGACACACUCCCCUGGAAAUCUCAGUUAUGAUUUCCAUAAGUACAUGCUACGGACUUUGGAAUAUGAUUUCAAGAAAGUUGUCGGCAUAAGCUGGUACUUGUGGGUAUUUGUUGUGCUCUUUCUGUUGCUCAACUUAGAAGGAUGGCAUGCAUAUUUCUGGUUGUCGUUUCUACCUCUCACUCUUUUGCUUAUUGUGGGUACCAAACUGGAACACAUUAUAGUAUGUUUGGCUGAUGAGAUUGAGGAAAAAGAGAAGGAGAAUAUGCAGUUCCAGAACAAGGCAGAGGGCACGAGUGAGAAAGGACGUUGGGUGCAGCCAUCCGACAAGCACUUUUGGUUUGGACGUCCCAGCAUCUUUCUCUACUUGAUCCACUUCAUUUUGUUUCAGAAUUCUUUUGAGACAGCUUUUUUCUUGUGGGUUUUGUUCACAUAUGGUGUCCAUUCAUGCAUUCUUGACAGAGUAGGCUUCAUUGUCCCACGGCUUGUUGUUGGGGUGAUUGUCCAAGUACUUUGCAGUUACAGUACAUUGCCUCUGUACACAAUUGUUACCCAGAUGGGAUCUAUGUUCAAGCAAGGAAUUUUCGAUCCAAAAAUCCACGAGUUCUUGCAGAGCUGGGCUAAAGAUGCGAGUAGCGGAAGAGGUUUAUUUAGCUCAAAUAGAAUUGAGAUGCAGAAUAUGUCCCCAGAAUUACGGGAAAUUAUAUCCGCUGCUGAAGAGACAACUACAAGUGUUGAAGGACUAACUGGUGCAUCUGUUCAACUUGAAAUAGGAUCUCUUUAUGCUUGAGUAGUUGAGUUUUUCAUUACAACAUCGUAUCAUAUCAUCCUUUUUCGUCCUCUAUCAAUUACCGAUCAUAGAAAGCUUAUAGUGUACAAUUUCUUGUAGUCACUCAGUAUCAUGACAAGAUUUCUUAAUAAUCAGUUCCAAGUGUUUAAAUACUACUCUUAAUCAAGUAUUGUUUAUAAUUAGUCUUUUUA